AUGCUGGAUUCUAAGCACUGCGGAGUGACCAUGACGUCCACUCACAACAAGAUCUCCUUCUCGAUCGACGACAUCCUCGACCCGAACAAAUUCAACAGCAAAAAGGCGGGCGAACUCGCCAAGUUUGGAGUUGCGGACGAGGAGGGGACUAGUUUGGAGACGCACAGCGACGCGGAAGGAGACGACACCGCAGAAGAAGACAAUGACCAGUCCGCUUCCUCCAAUCAGCAGCCGGUUGUGGUCGACCACCUCACGAUCACCCCCCCAGCCGAGAGCAGCCGCCGACUACCCGAGGAGCAGGAGCGCACGUCAAAGGAGUCGACGGUCAUCCCGCAGGACCCGGCGUCGACGCACAACAAGAGGCGACGGCAAGACCAGAACGGCGCCAAGCCGCGGCGCGCCCGGACGGCCUUCACCUACGAACAGCUGGUGGCGCUAGAGAACAAAUUCCGCACCACUCGGUACCUGUCGGUGUGCGAGAGGCUCAAUCUGGCACUAUCCUUGAGUCUGACGGAAACGCAGGUGAAAAUCUGGUUCCAGAACAGGCGCACCAAGUGGAAAAAGCAGAACCCCGGCGCGGACAGCACCUUGCCGCCGGCGCCCAGCCCGCUCAUCAGUCCCGGCCAGGCCACGUGCGGCUCGGGCCAGGCCGGCUUCCAGCAGUCCUUCCCCAACCUCAGCUCUGGGAAUGUCAUCUUUCACACGGCCGCGGCUGCUCCCCUUUCAUCCACUGGAGGGCUCCUGCAUCCCUUUUUGGCCAAUGCAUUUGUGCAGCCGUCCUAUUUCAAUCCCCUCCUAUGA